GCAACGCCGGCAGCAGGCCGAUAUGAAGACCAUUCUGUGCGCCCUCGUCGUCCUGGUCGUGCUGGCUGCUGCCAACGCUGGCUACUAUGGCUACGGCCACGGCUACGGUCAUGGAUACGGCCACGGAGGAUACAGCCACGCCAUCACUCACCACUAUGACAACCAAAGAGCACACUACGGAUACGGUGGAUACGGCCACGGCUAUGGUGGAUACGGCGGCUAUGGCGGCUAUGGCGGCUAUGGUGGCUACGGCCACGGCUACUAAGAAUAGGCAACUGAACAUCUGACCGAAAAUCUGAACAACGGGUAAAAUGGGCGAGCGCAAUAAA